AUGAGCUUGACUGCACAUUUUAUUGAUGAAGAAUGGAUGUUACAAAAGAGAAUUAUAAAUUUCUGUCAAAUUGAGAACCACAAGGGUGACACUGUUGGAAGAGAAAUCGAGAAAUGCUUGAGAGAGUGGGGAAUUGAAAAAGUCUUCACAAUCACAGUGGAUAAUACAACUUCGAAUGAUGGAGCUAUUACUUAUCUUCAAAGGAAAUUAGGUGCAAGAGGUGGGUUGGUGUGUGGAGGAAAGUAUAUGCAUGUGAGAUGCUGUGCUCAUGUUCUUAAUUUGGUAGUGAAUGAAGGAAUUAAAGAGCAACACACUUCAAUUGAAAGCAUUAGAAAUGCUGUAAGGUGGUUUGGAGAGGAUAGUGGGGGAAAAAAGAAAAUUGGUCCACCUACACCCCUUGAUUGGCAACAUGCUAGGUUAUUCAUGGAUUUUUUGAGAGUUUUCUAUGAGAUAACUUUGACUUUCUCAUCUUCCUUGCAUGUUACAUCUAACAUAUGUUUUCAUGAAAUUGCAUCUGUUGCUUCUCAAUUAACAUCUUGGAGCCACAAUCAAUCUGAUUUGUUAGGAAGUAUGGCAUGCGCUAUGAAACAUAAAUAUGAUAAAUAUUGGGGACCAGUUGACAAAUUUAAUCCAUUGUUACUUGUUGCUGUUGUAUUGGAUCCUCGGUACAAACUAGAUUAUCUCUGUUGGUGUUUGGAGGAUGUCUAUGACAAGGAAGUAUCUACUAGCAUGACUGGUGUUGUUAAACUCACAUUAGAUACAUUGCAUAAGUUUUAUGAAAAAGAGGUUAUCGAUGAUAAAGGAAGGGAUGAUGGUGGAGAUUCAUCUAGUAUUGUAUUGGAUGACAAUAUUAAAAUCUCAGCUGGUGCCAAGGGCGUUUCUGAAAAUCGAGUGAAUAUGAUUCUUUCUCUCAUAGCCCGCGACAUCUUGGGUAUUCCGGUUUCAACUGUUGCUUCUGAAUCAUGCUUCAGCACCGGUGGACGUGUGCUUGAUGUCUUUCGUAGCUCUUUGUCACCAUUAAUGGCUGAAGCUUUGAUAUGCACUCAAAGUUGGUUGUGCCCUUCUAAACAAAACGUUGGAGAUCAAGAGUUUGAUCAAUUUGAUAACAGUCAGAAGAUUGUUGAAGGUGUAGUUUCUAUGUCUUCUCGUAGAAAUAUUGUUGAGAUUUCUACAAAGGUCCCUCCUGGUAUGGCUGACUGGUUAGAUUCCAUAGUGUUAAUGUGUGUUACUAUAGUAGACCCGGAGUAUUGUGAGAAGUUUAGGAGAUUCCAUAGGAUUUGGGAGAAUAGGGAGGAUGAGAAGAUUUACGAGCUGUUGUUGUGCGACCCUGAGGAGAGGACUGAUAUUCUGUGGAACUUUAAUAUGGCCCCUUCUCAGCUUCAUCCAAAUUCUCGGGCUUUCAUGAAAAUUUUUCGGCUGUGGUGUCAGGAGUUAGGUGUCUGA